CCUUGCAUAUUCCAUCACUUUUACCACUAACUUUGAUAAUAAUAAUAAUUCAAAGAAAUAGUUUCCAACAAGAAGCUAAGAUGAGCCAACAAGAGAAGGAAGUGGUGCAAGGAGCAGUGGAAUGGAAGAUCAAGGUAGGAGAUGAUGAUGAUGAUAACCACUCACCAGCGUCAUCAUCAUUAUUAUUAUUAUCAUCAAUGAUGGUGGCUUGUAUUUGGGGAGCCAUACUAGGGGUGGGUAUGAAGGUUUGCAAGUUUAUGAAGAAAGCAUGGCAGAUGGGUUUGGAUGACCCUAGAAAGUUCAUCCAUGGAUUGAAAGUUGGGGUGGCACUUUCAGCAGUUUCAUUUUUUUACUACAUGAAGCCUUUAUAUGAAGGAGUUGGUGGAAAUUCUAUGUGGGCAGUCAUGACAGUUGUGGUAGUUUUUGAAUACACAGCAGGGGCAACCAUUUGUAAAGUUAUAAAUAGAAUAUGUGGGACAUCACUUGCUGGGUUUCUAGCCAUUGGGGUUCACUGGUUAGCUAACAAAGCUGGAGAACAAUGGGGUCCUAUGAUUGCUGGUGUCUUUCUCUUUCUCUUUGCUUCUGCAAUAACAUUCUCGAGAUUCAUUCCUAGCAUAAAGGCUCGUUUUGAUUAUGGGUGCUUAAUAUUCAUACUGACAUUCAGUUUGGUUGCGGUGUCGGGUUAUAGAGUCGAGAAGUUGUUGGAUUUGGCACAACAGAGAGUUUCAACAGUUAUAAUUGGGACAUGCCUUUGUAUGAUAGUGAGCAUGACCAUUUGUCCCAUUUGGGCUGGUCAAGAGCUUCAUCUUUUGGUUACUAAGAAUCUUGACAAACUUGCCAACUCCCUACAAGAAGAAACUAUGGCAAAUUUAGCAAGAUGGGAGCCUGCACAUGGGCGGUUCAACUUCCGUCACCCAUGGAAGCAGUAUGUUAAAGUAGGAGCCUCCAUGCGCACUUGUGCUUCCUGCUUAGAUGCUCUUAUUGCCUGCAUUAAUUCACAUAACCAGGCUCCAGAUCACAUAAAGAACAAGAUUAGCGGCAUCUCAGUGAAACUGGGAUCCAAAUGUGCCAACGUCAUAAAAGAGGUAGCAACAACAAUGAGGAACAUGACAAAAUCAUCCAAAGUUGACGUGUUAAUUAUGGAGAUGAACGAUGCAGCACAAGAACUGAGGGACUUGUUGAAUAAUUCACAUUCAAACAAUCUAUUGAUUAUCCCACAAAAACCAUCAACAACGACAAACGAAGAAGAUGAAGAAAUAGUGGGUUCAGUAGUUGAAUUGAAUAUGAUGAUGAUACCAGCAGUGAUGGAAAUAAUUCAGGUGGUAACUGUGGCUUCAUUGCUCAUUGAAACUGUGUCGCGUGUGGAAGACAUUGUGAAAGCCGUUGAUGAACUAUCAAAUUUGGCUAAAUUCAAAGAACCCAAGUGUGUCAAAGACAAUAAGAUCCACCCAACCAAACAGCAGAAUCAUCAUGAUGAUGAUCACGAAGCAGCCAAUAAUAAUGAUAAUAAAACGCUCCAAAUGGUCUGAAAAUCGAAAACUUGAAUGAUAUUAUAUAUAUGUAGAAGGUCUAGCUGUGUACAUUCUUUGGUACAUGAUAGAUUGCAUGUUACAUAUAUAAAAAUUCAUAUUAUGAAA